CCUGCCCCGCCCACUCCCAGCCGGCGCCCGCCCCGAGAGCCCAGAGCCAGCUCCGAGCGCGGACGCCGGGGCUCUCCAGCCAGAGGGCGCCUCCACCCAGAGCCGACGCGCCCUCGGGCUGCCGCAAUGGAGCCCCUCUUCCCGGCGUCCGUGCCGGGCUGGAACGCCUCCUCCUCGGGUAACAGGUCCUUGGUGGGGCCGGCGCCGUCGCCGGGGGCCCGGGCGGUGCUGGUGCUUGUGCUGUACCUGCUGGUGUGCGCGGUCGGGCUGGGCGGAAACGCGCUGGUCAUCUACGUGGUGCUGUGCUGCACCAGGACGAAGACGGUCACCAACAUCUACAUCCUCAACCUGGCGGUGGCCGACGUCCUCCUCAUGCUGGGGCUGCCCUUCCUGGCCACGCAGAACGCCGCGUCCUUCUGGCCCUUCGGCCGCGUCCUGUGCCGGCUGGUCAUGACGCUGGAUGGCAUCAACCAGUUCACCAGCGUCUUCUGCCUGACAGUCAUGAGCGUGGACCGCUACCUGGCCGUGGUGCACCCGCUGAGCUCCGCCCGCUGGCGCCGCCCGCGCGUGGCCAAGAUGGCCAGCGCCGCGGCCUGGGCCCUGUCGCUGUGCAUGUCGCUGCCCGUCCUGGUCUUCGCGGACGUGCAGGACGGCGGCACCUGUAACGUGAGCUGGCCGGAGCCGGUGGCGCUGUGGAGUGCCGUGUUCGUGGUCUACGCGGCCGUGCUGGGCUUCUUCGGGCCGCUGCUGGUCAUCUGCCUGUGCUACCUGCUCAUCGUGGUGAAGGUGAGGACCGCGGGCUUGCGCGUGGGCUGCGCGCGGCGGCGCUCGGAGCGCAAGGUGACGCGCAUGGUGGUGGUGCUGGUGCUGGUGUUCGUGGGCUGCUGGCUGCCCUUCUUCACGGUCAACAUCGUCAACCUGGCGGUGGCGCUGCCCCAGGAGCCCGCCUCCACCGGCCUCUACUUCUUCGUGGUCGUCCUCUCCUACGCCAACAGCUGUGCCAACCCGGUCCUCUACGGCUUCCUCUCCGACAACUUCCGCCAGAGCUUCCGGAAGGUUCUGUGCCUCUGCCAGGGCUCCGGCGCCAAGGACGCUGACGCCACGGAGCCGCGGCCAGACAGGAGCCGGCAGCAGCAGGAGGCCACGCCGCCCACGCAUGGCGCCGAGGUCAACGGGCUCAUGCAGACCAGCCAGCUGUGAGGGGCGCCGAGGGCAGGGGACGGGCGGCCCCUGUCACCCCCAGGGACAGGGGUUGCACUGCAGUGCCCCCGAUCCCUCACCUGCCUGUCAGUCAGGAUGCUUCCCUGCGGCGGCGGUGGGGCGAGGCUGGAACUGCCGAGGCCAGGCUGGGGUGGACACAGGGCAGAAGGCACCCCAUAGUGACAGAUCACCCUCUCCCGCCUGUUUCCUGUGUGGGGGCUCCUGGGAGGUGGGGGAGGUACCCAGGCUGGUGAGGGGCUCUUGUAAGUCCUCAGGGGCCCCUCACCCUCCAUCCUGCCCCAGCCUGUGCCAGCCUCCCUGCCGGGGAGCAACGUUUCCAAAAGGCCAGCCAGAUGAGAGGGUCUUCCUGAUGGCAGGGGCCUGCUCUGCCCGGCCCCCCAGCUGCAUGUGCCUUGGGUCAGCUCUGAGCCACCUGCUGCUCUCAUAAAUUAAAGACACCUGAAAGGGCUUGAUCAGGUCCCCUGGAGUCCCUGCCCAGGGCCCCAGCCCAGCCCUUCCCCACAUUGUGUGGAAUCUGGACACAGGUGUGAGGGAGUGUGACUGGGCAGCCCUCGGUCAGCCAGGGUCACGCCUGCCCUGGGGCCCCACCCUGCUGCCCGCCACCCUCCAUGGGACGCUGUCCCAGAGAGGGAAGCAGGGGGCUCCCUGUGGGAGAGGUGUGGAGGCAGCUGGCGCAGAGGAGAGCCAGGGGCUGAGGUUGGGGUGGAGGCUCCUGCCCUCCUGGCUUCUGGGGCUCAGGCGUCUGUGCUACGCUGACUGGCUCUGUCUGGAGGGCCGGGAACGGGGUGUGCCUGGGGGCUCUGGAGGAAGGGCUCCUGAUGGAGGAGGACCUGAGGGUCAGGGACUGGAAAGGAUGGGGAACCUACGGCUGUCUCUUCUGCUUUGGGGCAGGGGCUCCGGGCCUGGGAGAGGGAACAAGAGCAGCGGACAGUCAUUCAGGCAGCAGUGGGGAGACAGCACUGCUGGGAGGCAGUGGUCGCAUGGGUGAUGGGAAUGCCAGGUCCUGGGAAUCCUGCUGAACCCCACCUAGAAUUGUCCCACCUCUCCCACCCCAAACGCCAGCUUCUCCUGGCACCCUGGACCCAGAGCCUCACUCUGAGGCUGGAAGGAGCAGGACCAGAGACCCCUCUGCCCUGCCCAGCACUGGCCCUGACCCGUGCUCCCGUUGCUCAGAGCAGGUCCCCGUCCUCCCGGGAGGGUGCAAGGAGUGGGCUGAGUGGGUACAGAGCUAGGCAGGGGAAAGGCCCAGACCGAGGUCAGGCCUGGGAAACGUCCGAGCGAUGAGGACACGUGUGUUUGACAAUUGCUCCCCUGUAUAAACUCAAGGAUAAAUGUUUGAUUCUUUCCCCGAGCAAAUAUUGUCUCUGGAGCUGAGUGCAGCCAGCACAGACCAGAGUGAGUGGAGCCCAGGCUCCCCUGAGGCCCAACACAGGGCGAGACCCCCCACCCCAGCUCUGCUGAGCCAGACAGGGCCAGGAGGGGGGCGGCUGAAUGCCCAGCAGGAAGCCGGGAAACGUGGAAUUCAUGGACAGGGUGAAAAAUGACAGACACUGCCUGAGGUCUGAGGCUGGAGCUGCCUCUCACAGCCGCCCCUGAGCGGGCUGCCCAGGCUUCUCAAUAGCUAUAGGGGGAGUUAGGGGGCUUCUCCAGCGGGUCCACAAGGCUCUGCCUCUGAGUGACCAAGGAGGGGUGGAUCCAGGGUGCCCUGGGGGAAACUGAGGUUCGUUCACACCACAGCACCCCCUCACCUGCCUCCCUGGGGAUUUGGGUGACAUGUUCAUCUGCUUGGAAGGCUCUGGGGACCUAGCAGAUGGCUCGGAAAUCCCUGCUGAGAUCAAUUUCUCCAAUUGAUUUGACACUGCCCUCUCCCCGAGGGGCUGGCAGCCAUGUGGGGCGAACAGAGGCGCCAGCGCCCUCGCUCUCUGGCCCCACCUCGAGCCCCACCCCAUUUGGCCCAGCUGCAAGCCUCAGGUACCCUGCUCCCCGCCUCGAGCAUCCUAAAGCCCCUGGGACCCCGGUUCCUGUCAGUCCCAGGCCCCAGCUUCACGGCCCCGCUGGCCUCCCCAGUCUGGUCCCAGCCACAUGCAAACCCCGUCUGUGCCUUCGGUCAAAGCCUUGCCCCCGCCAGGCGCACACCCUCUUCACAAAGCAAACCUGCCGUGCCCGGCCUCCUCCUCCCGAGUACCCAGGACCCUCCCAUGCUGACUCUCUGCAGGCAGUGGGCUGGCCAUGGCGGCCCCACAGCUGGGCCUGGGACUUCCUGCCCUUGGGCCCUUGUGCUGGCUGAACACAUGUCCUCGUUGGACAAACGCACCUGCCACACGCCAGCGUGGGGCUGGGUCGUGGGAUCAAGAUUGAGCUGGAGGAGCAUUCCAGGCUGAAGGAACAGCCUCUGUGAGGGCUCAGAAGCAACAGGGCACAGGGGGUGAGCUGUGGGGGUCAAGUCAGAGAAAGGAGCAAAUGCAGGUCCCCCCACGUUCUGACCCACGCUGCCCCAAGGAAGGUGAAGCCACACUCACUGCAGCUGGAGAGUGGAGACUGGACCGGAGGCGGGAGGAGGCAGAUGCAGGGGGUGUGAGGAGGCUGUGAGGCGUCCAGGAGAACACGCAGUGGCCUGGCCCUGGGCGGGGCCCCAGGGGUGUUCACAAGGUAGAGGCAGCCCCUGGCUAGGCCUGGAGAAGGGGCAGUGGCACCCAGCUGGCUCCUGCUUGGGGCACAUGGGAGAACAAGACCCCGGGGUCUGAUGGCCUCGGUGGGCUGAGGAGGCUGAGGAUGUUCCAGGACCACGCUGGGCAGGUGUGGAUAGCAGAGCCACAGGGAAGGGGCCACGGGGAAGGGGUCAAGGCCCAGAUACCCCCAGGGCAGCAGCAUGAUAGGCCUGGAGGGGUCAGGGGUGUGUGUGGGAGGAGCUCGGGCCCUGGACCCUGAAUCCUCACCCCUCGGGGAAGUGAGGGUCUGUGGGUGUCCGGAACUUCUUCAGGGGCUGCAGAGCCAAGACCCCUUGCAGGCCACGUGAGAGUCUAGUGGGGGGCAUGGUGGGAGCAAACAUCCUGGGCGGGGUGGCUCCCAUGGGUUUCCCGCACGCAUCAGUGGGUUUUAUUGGCUCUGGGCUCCAGCAACUCAAGUGACUUUGCUCAGGAAACAAGUCCCAGCCCCGCCCCAUCAGCAGGGGUGCCCAGGCGGGAUGUGGGGGUCUUCAGAGGGACCCGGAAGGCCUCCUGGGGAGAGAAGGGCACAGAGAUGACCGGCAGCCAUGGGGCCCCCACAAGCAGCCACCAGCCCAGGGCCCUCAGAAUGCUGUUUCCUCCCACUGGACGAGACCCCAAAGCAUGGGUGGGGUGGGGGUGUGGGGCCAGCUGUGGGGUCUCGGGGAGCCAGGCUGGGGGAAGGCUGCCCCUAGGACAGGCCCCUCUGCCCAUCCAAGGCCAGGUCUUGGCAGCACGGAAAACCCCCAUGGGUGCAGCAGAGGCUGGUGCUGGCCACACUGCCCCUUGGAGGCCUGGAGCCCACGUCGGGCUCUGCACUUCUGUAGGGGGCAGGAGCUGCCCUGGGCCCCUGGCAGGCUGUUAGGUGGCGUCCAUCUCUGGGGUUCUUUCUCCUCUAUCCCCAUCCCAGCCCGGCCACAGCAGCCCCACCUCUGGCUACGUCUCCCUCCUCAACUCACACCCGACCUCCACUUCCAACCCCAUUUUAUCCCCAACAGAAAUCCACUCGUGUCUGCUGCUCACAGGCCCUCUGUGGUUCCCCACUCCCCGCCCACGUUUCCUCGGUCGGAGGGAACCCCCAGCCCCAGCACCCACCCUUCUACCUUGCCUGGAUGAAUCCGAGUCCUCUAGGUACCUCUCGCAAGUGGAAUCAGGCAGCAUUUGUCCUUGUGUGACCGGUUCCCUUUACCCGGCGCUGCCGUUGCAGCUCAUCCACGUAGCAAGUGCCACGUUUCCUUCCUGUUUGAGGCUGAGCACUGUCCCCCUGGUAUGGAGGGACCACAUUCGGUUUUCCAUGCAUCAUCAGCAGACCCUGGGCUGUGUCCACCGUCUGAGUGCACUCCCGCUGCCUCUGGAUGCCGUCACAGUGACCAUCCGCAUCAGCACAAGAAUCCACGGGGCACGUUCAGACCACAGCACCUCCCUUCUUGCUACAGUGAGUGGUGCUGUGAGGGUGGUGCACAUGCCACAUGCUUUUUGUUGCUGCUGCUGGUGGUUUUGUGUGUGUGUGUGUGCGUGUGUGUGUGUGGCACUCUGUCACCCAGGCUGGAGUGCAGUGGUGCAAUCUCGGCUCACUGCCAUCUCUGCCUCCUGGGUUCAAGCAAUUCAAGCCAUUCUCCUGCCUCAGCCUCCCAAGUAGCUGGGAUUACAGGCGCCCGCCACCACACUCGGCUAAUUUUGUAUUUUUAGUAGAGAAGGGGUUUAACCAUGUUGGCCAGGCUGGUCUUGAACUCCUGACCUCAGGUGAUCCGCCCACCCUGGCCUCACAAUGUGCUGGGAUUACAGGCCUGAGCCACCGUGCCCAGCUGGUCCCACAUGUUUCUCAUGAUUAUAUGGCUGAAAAUUCUUUCAUUCAACCGAAAUUUGUCUUAUCACCUGACAUGAAUUUUAAAGGAAAAAUAUGCCUUCCUUGUCACUGCCUCUGCCUUGCUGGUAUAUGGGGUGGCCUCUUCUUCUCUAGGGGCGAGGGGCUCUGGCAGCUCUGUCUCUGCUGUGUGGGCAUUGUGUCAUGGUAUCUAAUAGGGCGAGUCUCUGCCCAGCGCUGAGCUGAGUUGAAAUUCUUUAGAAUCCAUUCUUCCAGAUUCCCUCCAACACUGCUUUUACAAAAUUUAAAUAGUGGAAUUGGGCCAGGCAUGGUGGCUCAUGCCUACAAUCCCAGCACUUUGGGAGGCCGAAGGUGGAGGAUCGCUUGAGUGCAGGGAUUCAAGACCAGCCUGGGCAACAUGGUGAAACCCCAUCUCUACAAAAUAAAAUUUAAAGAUUGGUUGAGCAUGGUGGCAUGCACCUGUAUUCCCAGGUACUCGAGAGGCUGAGGUGGGAGGAUGGCUCGAGCUGGGAGUUCAAGCCCGCAGUGAGUGAUUUUAUCACAGCACAUCAGCCUGGGCAACGGGGCAAGACCCCGUCUCAAAAAAAAAAAAAAAAAAAGGAUUUUUAUAGAAAUGUUCAUAAUAGCAUUAUCUAUAAUCCAUAAUGGCCAAAAGGUAGCCAUGACCCAGGUGUCCAUCAACAGACAGUGGAUAAAGAAUUGGGGUCCGUCCAGCCCACCGAAGAGUCUGUGUGAUUCCGUUUCCAUGAAACGCCCGGAACACAGGAGUUCGCAGACCCAGAGAGGAACAGCGCUGCCAGGAGGUGGACAGGAGAGGGGAGCGACUGCUGAGGGUGCACAUUCCUUUUGGGGGCUGGAGCUAGACGGAGGUGGUGGCUGCGGAGCGCCGGGAAUGUGUCACGCUGGGGACUGUUCGCUCUCCAGUGCUAAAUUCUACGUUACAUGAGUUUCACCGAAUAUUUACAAUUGGACUUUUACUGGAAUUCCACUAAAUGGAUAAACUCACAUCGGCUAAGUCGCCUCCCCAGCCAGACGCUGGCCCAGAAUGUCACAGCGGUGUCCUCUCGGGAAGCCAUGUCCCCCAGGUCCUUCCUGUGCAGCUGACUCACGAUGGAAGCCGGUGCAGGCAGCCACGGGGGCUCCAUGGGCUGGCUCCCUCCUAUCCUCCACGUGGCCCGGGCAGCACGAGGCUGUUGCUGCUUUUCGUGUCUCUGGCCUCUACCAAGCAUCCCUCUUAUUGCUCCCGCCCGGUACUGGCAGCGUCCCUCUGGCUUUUAUCACUUGGCAGAGAAUCCUGACCUGAUCUUGUCUCACUUCAGUUCUGUGUCGUUUUAUAAAGAAAUAAGCUGGACGGUUGCGGA